AUGGACUCCAGCAAGCGCCGCCGCAUAGAGGACGACGAUGCCGCCGACCGGCUGGGCGACUUGCCGGACUGCCUCUUGCAUGACGUAAUCUCCCGCCUGGGACCCCGGCAGGCCGUGCAAACGAGCGUCCUGUCGAGGCGGUGGCGGCAACUGUGGCGCCAAGUGCUCCGCGCCAUCGUCGUCAUCGACGAGCGGGGGUUCGCCGGCGACCAAUGGGAGCUCUUCGAGGACUUCGCCGACCGCGUGCUGCUGUCCAUCCCACCGGAGAAGGAGCUCGACUUGUUCCAUCUGAACCUGGUCAGCCCAAGGGGCAUGUACGACAACCGCUCGUUCGAAACCACCGACAGGUGGAUCCGCCGUGGCCUCCGAUACUGCCCGGCUGCCGUCGACAUCCGCACCGCUCACGAAUCCACCAUCUGCUGGAAGCCGCACUGCUCCUACUUCUCUGACCCCCGGCCGCAGCCCGACCUAUCGGCCGCCGGCUCAUGUGCCGCCGGCUUCACACGCCGCAUGACCAAGCUGAGCCUGGUAGGAGUUGGCCUGUCGGCCACCUUCGUGGAGGACCUGGGGAAGUACUGCCCGGCGCUCCAGGAGCUCCACAUCGAGAGCUGCAAGAUGGUGCACCUCUGCGCCGUCGCCUCGCCCACGCUCAGGAGUCUCGCGAUCGUGGAGCCCCAGCGCCCGCUCGCCUGCGCCCACCUCAGGAUCGUUGCUCCCCUCCUCGUCCGCCUGCGCCUCGAGCUCGCCUACGACUGGCAGGGCUGCUACUGUGUCGCUGCCAGAUUGGCCACCGGGACGGAGCCGCCGCCGCUGGCGUCACUCGCGGUCACCGAGGCGUCCAUCCGGCUCACGGACACCACCUUCGACUGGCAGCUGCACCAGCGGGCACGGAAGAAGCAUAAGGUCGAGUUCCUCAAGUCCAUGCACGGAUUACUGGCGCUCCUCCCCAACGUCCUCAAAUUACAUCUCACCGGGUUCACAACGACGGCAUUGCUAGAGGAGGAAUCCCAGGAAUUCCCCGUGCUCCAUGGCUUGAAGACCUUGAUCUUGGAAGGAUGUGAUCUUGGAGUGGACUUGCAGGCGCUGGCAGGCAUCCUCCAAAACACACCUGGCUUGGAGAAGCUUGGGUUGCACCAUUGCACGGAAGAGGAGGAAGAGUGGCCAACAACCUUCAAAGCGCCGCCGUACCUCAACACCGUAUGUUUUUUGGUGCCAACAGCUGAAAUCGAUAGAAAUCAAGCGACGUCAGGAAGAUGA